AGUUUCGCGAGAAUUACAUCUCAUUGGUGGUGGCUUCAACAAGACGUCUGGCGUUGACACCCCACGUUUCUCAGAAAAUCUCAUCCUGUGAGGUCCCGAUUUUCUGACUUUGGUCACGCUCCUGAGUCUAGACGACUGUCCUACAUUUCAAUCAAUUCCACCGCUCUUGGACCAGCGACAAAAAUGCGUACGCUGCUUCUUUUAUGCAUCUCCUGUGUAGCUGGAGUCUUCGGCUCGGGCUCGGGCGCCACCCGAAUCGACACGACGAUCACGCAUAGAGUAACUUUCAACAUAAACCAGGGCAACAAAUUCAUGGGCCGUAUCGUUCUGGGUCUCUACGGAAGGGUCGUGCCAAAAACUGUGAAGAAUUUCGUCGAAAUCGCCUCCGGUAGACACGCGAAGAAGUAUGAGGGAACCGAAUUCCACCGAGUCAUCCAAAACUUCAUGCUCCAAGGUGGAGACGUUGACCAUAAGAACGGACUUGGAUCUUGGUCCAUCUACGGGUCCCGUUUCGAGGAUGAGAACUUCUUGCUGAAACACGUCGAACCAUUCACGCUGUCGAUGGCCAAUGCCGGAAAGGACACGAACGGAUCUCAAUUCUUCAUAACGACUGUUGUAACUCCAUGGCUCGAUGGCAAACACACCGUCUUCGGCAAGGUUCUCGACGGCCAGUCGGUCGUGAAAGACAUCGAAAGAGUUCCCACGGAUCAUCACGACAAGCCGGUCACCCCGGUCUACAUCGCCAGCGUUCAAGUAGAAGAACUCGAACCGUUGCGCGUGUAGGAGUAGUCUCAGCAGUAUUCUAGCGGUUAUAUUCACGUUGUCCAUUCCACUAUGCUGCCGGUGCUCGUUCCGUGCGGCGUGCAUACUCAUUCUUAGCUGCAUAUAUGAAAGUACUCACUGUCCAGGCAUAGUUCGUUAUCGUGUAAAAUCGGACCAAAACUCUAGUUUGAAUAGCUGCAUCGGUCUUCCGGGAGGUGCAGACGGAAUUCUGUGUACAAAAGCGUCUGCCACCUUGGUGCCAUUCCAAGAGCCAUAGUAGUAAAAUUGUGUAGCACAAGCGAGGGACGAUCAGUCGAACCGAAGCUUCGGUUCUCCAUAAAAGAACUCGAGUCAACUUCCGGCCAUGCUUCGAUGUCCAUACCGGCGUCUUGCCCUGAAUCAGCGGGGGACGAGGACUUGCUUCCGCUCAAACAUUGCAUAUAGUCCAAGCUCGAUUUGCGUAACUGAUACUUGUUGAGAUCUAGAGCAAGUCGUGCGGUGAAUAUCGACGCAAGCCUAACAUCCGCGAACGUAGUAAGCUCAUCAAUUGUUCCGAAUCCUGAAUGUACCGCGAACCGAGUGUUUCCUCCAUUUGAGUGUACUAAUUCUCACUUGUUUCCUGACAGAAUGACGUGUCCAUGUAUCUCCUCAAACGAGGCCUAGGCUUCGGGGGCGAAAAUUUUUUGAGCCUCGGGCUCGGAAUAAAUUCAUCUCUU